UCGAAGAUGCUGGCCUGCACGGAGAUGAUCACUAUGUGCCUGCAGUCGGCCAAGCAGAAGCACCUUCGGGCUCAGCAGCAACAGCGGCCGCCGCACACCGCCGGACAGGGGCUCACCAUCUUCCAUGACAUUUUCCGCCGAGCAGACAAAAACGAUGAUGGCAAACUGUCAUUUGAAGAGUUCAAUGCUUACUUUGCGGAUGGAAUCCUGACUACUGAGGAGCUGCAGGAGCUUUUCUACUCCAUAGAUGGCCGACAAAAUAACAAUCUGGACACUGACAAGCUAUCAGAUUAUUUUUCUCAACACCUGGGGGAGUAUCUCAGCGUGCUUUCAGCUCUGGAGAGCCUGAACAUCGCUAUUUUAAAGGCAAUGGAUAAAACUAAAGAGGAGUACCAGGGUUCCAGUGUGCUGGGCCAGUUUGUCACCAGAUUCAUGCUAAGAGAGACGUCCAGUCAGCUGCUGUCUCUACAGAGGUCACUGCAGUGUGCCAUGGACGCUGUGGAAGAGCAGAGCAGCCCUGCACCGAGAGAGGUAAAGGCACCAGAGCUGACAGCAGUACAGAGGAAUGGCAGGCGGUGUGGUCGCAGGGUCCAUAAUAACCUGUGCAUGUCCCCAUCAGAUCCCUGCUCUGGCAUCCUGACCACAGGUGUGAGCAUGGAAGACGGAGAGAACUGGUGCUCUCAAAUCAACAGGCUGCAGCUCCUGCUGGAUAAACUGGAGUGUCAGGGUCCCAAGUUGGAGCCACUGAAAGAGGACACGCUGGCCGGCACGUACAAGUCUAACAUCCUGCUGGUGCAGAGGCAGAUGUCGGUGACUGAAGACAAUCUGGACAACUUCCGGAAAGUUCUGAAGGGCUACAUCGACGCCACCUCAGCCCACUCUGACAACCUGCAUGUGUCCGUUCAGAAGCUCCCGGGAAAGUCGUGUUACAUAAUGUAUGAGUUCUGGCAAGACCGCAUCUCCUGGAUGAGCUACCUGCAGUCCAACGGCAGUAAAGAUUUCCAGCGCUGCGUCAUUGACAUGCUGCAGGAUGCUGAAGUAGUUUCCACUAUGUUGCUCCCAGCUUCCUGGUGGAUCAUGACUAACAACUAA